AUAUGAAGCGGGGCCGCCGCCGCGCUCCGCGGAGACUUGCGGGCGGCUCGGAGCGGAGCGGAGCGGCUCGGAGCGGAGCGGGAGCCCCCGAGCAGCGGGCAGCGGGGGGCGGCAGCCCCGAGGAGAGGGUCCCGCCGGCCGCCUGCCCCCUAGCGCCGGCCAUGGGCUGCCCGCCGCGGUGCUGAGCCGCGGGUCCCGGAGCGGAGCGGAGAUGUACGGCAGGCUCAUGAGGUGCCUGCUCCCAGCCCUGCUGCUGCACGGGCUGGGAGAAGGUUCUGCUCUUCUUCAUCCGGACAGCAGGUCCCACCCUCGGUCCUUGGAGAAGAGUGCAUGGAGGGCUUUCAAGGAGUCACAGUGUCACCACAUGCUGAAACACCUGCACAAUGGAGCCCGGAUCACCGUACAAAUGCCUCCCAAUAUUGAGGGACAUUGGGUAUCCACUGGCUGCGAAGUUAGAGCAGGCCCCGAGUUCAUCACAAGAUCAUACAGAUUCUACCACAAUAACACAUUUAAAGCCUAUCAGUUCUAUUAUGGUGGCAAUCGCUGCACAAACCCUAUCUACACGUUAGUUAUACGUGGCAAAAUUCGACUUCGCCAAGCAUCCUGGAUCAUCCGGGGGGGUACUGAGGCUGACUAUCAGCUACGCAACAUACAGAUCAUAUGCCACAAUGAAGCAAUAGCCAAAAAAUUAAGUGAGUUGGUGAACCACACGUGUCCUGGAUUUAUACCAGAAGAUAGUCCCUGGGAGCAGGAUGUGAGCUAUGAUUUGCUGAGAGAAGAGAACGGUUGUGAAUGCACCAAAGCUCUGAAUUUUGCCAUGCAUGAACUCCAGCUGAUCCGUGUGGAGAAGCAAUAUCUGCAUCACAACUUAGAUCACCUUGUGGAGGAGCUAUUUCUUGGAGACAUUCAUACCGAUGCUACCCAGAGGAGGUACUACCGACCCUCUAGUUACCAACCUCCUCUUCAAAAUGCCAAGAACCACGACCGCACAUGCAUCGCGUGCAGGAUCAUCUACCGCUCGGACGAGCACCACCCUCCCAUCCUGCCCCCCAAGGCGGACCUGACCAUCGGGCUGCACGGCGAGUGGGUGAGCCAGCGCUGCGAGGUGCGGCCGGAGGUGCUCUUCCUCACGCGGCACUUCAUCUUCCACGACAACAACAACACCUGGGAAGGCCACUACUACCACUACUCCGACCCCAUCUGCAAACACCCCACCUUCACCAUCUACGCCAAGGGACGCUACAGCCGAGGAGUGCACUCGUCCAAAGUGAUGGGCGGAACGGAGUUUGUGUUCAAAGUAAACCACAUGAAGGUGACGCCCAUGGACGUAUCCACAGCCUCUCUGCUCAACGUCUUCAAUGGGAACGAGUGCGGGGCACAGGGCUCCUGGCAAGUCGGGGUCCAGCAAGACGUCACCCACACCAACGGCUGCAUCGCGCUCGGCAUCCGCCUGCCGCACACCGAGUACGAAAUCUUCAAGAUGGAACAGGACGCCAGGGGCAGGUACUUGCUCUACAAUGGCCAGAGGCCCAGCGACGGGUCCAGCCCCGACCGACCAGAAAAGAGAGCCACGUCCUACCAGAUGCCUUUAAUUCAGUGCGCUUCGUCCGUGCCCAGAUCUGAGGAGUCACCAGAGGAAAAUAAAAUACGUCUGUAUAGCAGCAGGGCACUGGCAAAACAUCCCAGCGCCCCAGCUCUUGCUUUGGUGUUGUUUAUUUGUACUGUGACAUAUUGGGACAUUCUCAGCUAGAAGUGAAAAAAAAAAAAAAAGAACUAUUUUUCAUGACUACAAAGCCAGGAUUCCACAAGACUGAGGGUUGUUUUUCUUCAGAAAGAAAGGGACGUUUAUUUUCUUGAUGCACUUGAAUGCCUGAGAACUGUUGUUCUUUUCCUUAUUUCCCCCCCUCCUCGAAUCACAAACAGCACUCGUUUGAUGUUUCUUGUGCUUUGAACUUCAUCCAGUCUGAUCCCUGGCCUGACAUGACUGCACAAAAGUAAUUGCACUUUAGGACUGCAGACUUCUGGGGGGGGAGGGAUAGGGUCUCCUUUUUAUUAUUAUUUUUUUUUAAACUGCUGGGGUGAACAUUACAAUCCUGCUUCAGUUGUCUCUGCCGUUUUACCAUUGUGGUACUUUCUCAGCCCAACGCUCAGUUUCUCAUCAGAAUUUAAGUCUGGGGAACAACUCGGUGUAGUGUUAAUACUGUGACAGUGGCUUCCCCCUCUGACUUCAGGACUCGGGUGUAGAUAUGUAUAUAAGAAGAAAACCUACAAGGAUUUAUCUAGCCCUUAUCUCACAGCUCAACAGAAACAGCAAAUCAACAGCCCUCCAUUGAGGCAGUGGUAAAUGGUUGAUAUCUUCAAGUAAAAAAAAAAUAUUCCAAAUAAUUUAAACUAUUUUUACAACUACUAAGUUGUAAUUCCUUUUACAACUAUUUUUUUUUUUUACAAGUAUUUUACAACUUCCUUUUACAACUAUUAAGUUGUAAAAAUAACCAGUGGCUUAACAUUUUCUCAUUGAUUUCGUUAGCUAUGUAAUUGCUUCAGGACCUCCCUCUGAAUCAAGUAAAUAGUUACAAUCACAGCCCCCUAAAGCCAGACAGAAAAAGCAUUUUUAUUUCUGUCAGAUACACAAAGCCCAGGUGAGUUGCUGAUGGAAGCCUGAAAUGACUUGUUCUGUUCCCGUGUUCAUGAGGCCUCGUGUACUCCACGUGCAGUAGUUGUAGCUUGGAUGUUGUAACACUGCCGCCUCCUCCCUUUUCUCCUUGCUGGAGGAUCCCAACGCACAGCGUGGUUUCACUGAGCUUGCACCCACACUGGUAUGGGGAGACACUGCUGGGAAAGUGGGAGAGGCAGAGCCCUCAGAGAGCUUCCCUCAACAACACCUGCUCUGGAAACCUUCGGAUUUUCUCCCUCUGGCAAAUACCUUAUUGUGUACACACACUGACAUGGAUGGAAGCAGAGAGGGUGGGGGAGAUAUUUAAGGCCAGCAAGGAGGUACAGCUCAUGGAUGAACCAUGAUCCCCAGUUCUAAUGGGGAGGAAGCUGAGGGCGCAGCUCAGCCUUGAGGCCUUUACUGAUAUACACACGUGCUCUGGCUCACGUGGGGAACCUGUGAGAGCAACACAAGGAGUAAGGUCACUGUGUUUCAUCAGCACAGGUGAGCAUCCAUACCGUGUGCUACAGCAAAAGAAUGCUUUGAAAUAACAGCGAUAGCGUGGACCUUCCUAGCAAAGCAAGCAGGAAAAAGCCAUCCAAGUAGCAAAUGGCUGUACUCAGGCUCCCUACCUCCUCAACGUUUGUGCCUUCUUGACAGCUUGCUCCAAGCUGGUUUCAGCCUUUGACGUGAAUUCCCUGAGUGAUAAAGAAAUCAGUUCACCUGUUUUUGAGACAGCCAGAGGAAGAUGGAGAAGAAACAACCACAGGCUCUCAUUACCACAUCACACCUUUCACAUUUUUCCCCAGACAUGAAAUGUCACAGAAAACCCAUAAAUAGCUCAAGAGGCAGGAACAGAGCUCAGGGUGACUCAGUAGCCAGCAGAGAAAGCACUCAGCCAUUCACCUGGUACCAGAUCCUCCUUCAGCUCGCUGGGAGGAGCUGAAAGCCAGCUCACCGUGAUAAACCGAGCCCUGAGAACAGCAGCUGCUCUGCUCAGCAUUUCUUAAUAGUUUACUGCUCCACACCAUCAAACCUUGAAAAGUUCUGGAUGGUCGUUAGCAUAGAGGCAUCAGGAGCACAGCUUUAACCAGAAGGUCCAGAAAGGGAUGUGAAGUCUCUGAAAGAGAACCUCAAAACCAGAUAGGAGUUUGGUUUUCUCCAGCUAGACCUCAAGUUUUCUAUUCAGCAAAUGUACACCAGCAUGUUUCCAAAUGAGUUGUUGAGGUAUUACAGGAUUUCAGACAAGUUCCUUCAAAUAGUAGCUUAGUCCCCAACUUCUGUUUAAGACAUAGGUGCAUGAGUGAGCCCGUGUUAGUUUCUAUUUAUAAGGAUGUGUAUGGUGUGAUGUCCCUUACACCACAGAAGACAAGCUUCUUUCACCACAUUAGGCGAUCUCAUCUCCGGAAAAAUACAGAUGGCUGGGAGCUGUUAGACCCUCACACCCCUCCCUACGCAAGGCCCACACAAACAUGAGUCCCAGCUGAAAUCUGCCCAUCCUUGAUACGCAGGAUUGAACCCAACAGCAAGAGCCACUCCGCAGCACGAUGCUCCACACUCACCAGGGCAAGGAGCCGCAAUUUAUGACUGUGUUGUGGCUCCUCCGUAAACUGCUUAACGUCAGAAGUAUUACAACAGUUUCAAGAGAAAGACCUGUCCAGUUCUUACCUCUAAAAAGCACAUCCAAACCUAAACCUCCAGUUAAAUCCUUAUUGUGAAUCACUGACUUGCACCAACCUAGCUUUGCCAAGACAUAGGGCUACACUAAACGCAAAUGUGACACAACAUACAAACCAAACGAGAAGUGCCUUUUUUUCCCCCUAUCACCCAGAGAUGGUUAUCAAGGAAAUGCUAGAAAGAGACCUUUGUGAUGCAUUACCCCCCCCCCCCCCCCCCCCCCCAAAAAAAAAAAAAAAAAUCUGCUUCUGGUUUAUUUUGGCUCUGGUAUAUUAUGGUUCUUCUGGUUUAUUUGUAUUGUUGACUUGAAACAUAAUUUUAUGAUUUUAUGAUCUGGGUUUUUAGCACACGCUGCAGCACCAGCUUCCCUCCCUGUGCCUACAUAUUUUUCCUUUAUUUUCCUAUCAGCCAACAGAAGCCAAGUUGGACACAGAUAAGUCAGCCUUCAGAGUGUGUGUGUUAUUUGUCAACCCACGUGCCCUGCAAGGGUUCUCCUACCUUACAGGCCCAGGACUAGGAGCUGGGCUCCCUUGAUCUCCUCAUCUCAUCAGGCGCUAAAUUUACUGUUGCGCGGCCCCACACACAUCUGUGACAAUAUACUCCAUUCAUUUUGUUUCUCCUGCCUGACCUCAUGUGCUGGCAGCCCUGACUGCUAAAGGAGCUGAGCCGCACGUGGCUUAGCAGUGGAAGACCUACAAGCUGAGCUGUUUGUGCCAUACCGAAGCUCAGAAGCAUUAAUGAGGGAAACAAUUAAUUUGGGCAUCUUCAGUAACUGCCAGGGUUGCCAGAAGAGGUGAAAGGUUUCCACUUGUCACCCCUGUAAUAUUCUGGUGGAGGAGCCACCUGCCAGAAGAAAUGGUAAUCUGAAGAAUCUCUUGGGCAACUUUGCUUUUUAAUACAUGCUGUCAAAAAAGAUAAAAAAAAAAAAAAAAAAAAAAAAAAAAAAAAAAAAGAAUCAGAAAGCUGUAACAGUUGUUCCUGCUCUGUUUCUAUACCGUUUACGUACUGUGCCUGCUGCCUUGGGGUAGAAUGUCAUUUGUAAGACCAGAGGUCCAUGUUUUAAGAUGCAGUGUCUGUCUUGCUUGAGUUGGAGUGUGCUUGCUUAAAGUGCAGGUUUUAAAAAGAAAGAAAAGAAAAUCUCUUUAUUUUUGUAAAGCUAUUGAAGAUAUUUUUCUUCUCAACUAGAUGUUCCAGAUUAAACUGCCGGGGAAGUUUAAGCACUUGUUGAACUAUUGAUUGAAAUAAAAAAAAUAACUAAAAA